AUGAACUCAAAGUCCCUCCGCCGCCUCGCCGCAGACCACGGCUCCCUCCACACCGCCGGCCUGCCCCCAAACUACCUCUUCCCACCGGGGUCCGACGACUCGUCAGACCUCACCUCCCUCGACAUCCUCCUCGCCGGUCCUGUCGGCACACCCUACGCAUCCGGCGUCUGGCGCCUCCACCUCGACAUCCCACCCACGUACCCCACCGCACCGCCCACAGCGCAGUUCCGCACACGGUUAUGGCAUCCGAAUAUUGAUGAGGCGACGGGGGCGGUGUGCGUGGAGACGCUGAAACGGGACUGGAGUAGUAGUCUCAAGUUGAGGGAUGUCCUGGUAACGAUAUCUUGUUUGUUGAUUCAGCCGAAUCCGGCGAGUGCGCUGAAUGAAGCAGCCGGGAAACUGGCCACGGAGGACUGGGAGGGGUAUUGUAGGAGGGCGAGACUUAUGACGGAUAUCCAUGCGAGUGUGCCGAGGGAGAUUGAGGGGGAUGUUAGGGAGGCGCAGAUGCGAGGUGAAGAUAAAACCACGGAACUAGACCAACCCAUCGCGAAACCACAUUCAAAAGGCAAAGAAACAGAGCGGGUUAAAGUUACGCCGUCAGGACCUAAACUCACGCGCAUGAAGAGUGAGGAUGAGGAGAAUACGAGGAGCAGGAGGGGCGGGACGCAGGAUGCGGAGAGUGGGACUGAGGACGAUGCGGUGACUGAGCGGAGGGAUGGUGAUAGGACGAGGAGGAGCAAGGUGCCCGAGUCGAGGAGACAGGGUAAUAUCUUUGGGAUUAAGGGCUUGGGCGAUGGAAUGCAGCUUGACUCCCCACCGCCGAAACGCAUCUUUGCUGUGCCGGGGGGAAGUACACCGCCUGUUUCUACGCCGAACGAGAAGGAGAACGGAGAGGAUACAGAUCCGUUCACGACUGUGACGUCGAAACGCAAUCCACACCCCGAUCCUGCUACUACGAUGUGUGGAACAGCAGCAACAACACAACCCGACACCGAGACCCCCGACCUCCUCAAAUUCUCAACACAAAACCCCUUCGCCGCCAUCCAACCCAAUAACCAAACUCACCCCCUCUUCAGAGAGUUUUCGUUUAGUUGGGAAGAUGCUAUGGUGGUGCAUGACGCUGGGGUUGGUAUGGCUGGUUCGGUUGGGAAGAGUAAUGGGAGUGUCAGUGGGGUUAGUAAAGCGGAUGUACGCAAGAGACACGCGACGGAGGAGUUUGAAAAGAAGGAACGAUGGGAGAUGAAGAGGUUUAAGAGGGCGGGAGGUGAUUUGAAGAGGUUUAAUCGGGGGGAUUGGGGGGUUAGGAUGGGGGUUGGAAGACUGUGA